AUGGACAGACCAAGACAGUCUUUCGGUCGCUCAGGUGAGCGCCCUAUUGGUCGCAGAGACGAUGUCUACGAUGAGGUGGAAACGGCAGAGCCUCGCGAACGGAGAAAUCAGAUGAUGGCUAUGAACAUCAAAUACACGACCGCCGCAUCUCAGUUCCUCUACGGCAAGUCCGUGGUAAAAGCAGCACUCGAACAAGGAAGGCGAAAACUAUACAAACUCUUUAUUUACGGAGGCGAGAACCGAAAAGACUCCAAGGACAAUGCUAUCAUCACGAGGCUAGCAGAGAGACGAGGUGUUCCAAUUGAGAUCAUACCGAACGAGGACCAGCGGUUGAUGGACAAAAUGAGCAUGGGCCGACCACACAAUGGCUUCGUGCUAGAGACAUCGCCCCUACCUCGGCUGCCGGUGAAGUCGCUUGGGAGGCUCGAAGAAACGCUAGGAAAGCUGGGCUUUCACGUGGAACUAGACCACCAGUCAAGAGAGGAAGAAGCCAUCAAUGGACAAGACACGUUUAUCCCGCGCAAGAACAACAACGCGCCGAAACCCUUUGUCCUUUUACUCAAUGAGAUCUUGGAUCCUGGCAAUCUUGGAGGCAUCCUUCGAACAGCCAGCUAUUUUGGCGUCGAUGCAGUGGGUAUCACGAAUCGCAGCUCAUCCACGCUCACUCCGGUCGUGCUCAAGUCGGCCGCCGGUGCCGUGGAGGAAAUCACCAUUUUCAGCGUCGACUCGCCUGUCAGCUUUAUAGAGGAGUCUCGGAAGCAUGGCUGGAAGACAUAUGCCGCCGUAGCGCCGCCCGACCCCAAGCUGGCCCAGAGACACGGCGACAAGUUCAUUUCGACGGCGACGGUUGAGGCAGAACAGCCUCUGACGAAGCAUCCGUCCAUACUGGUUCUGGGGAAUGAAGGCCAUGGCCUGUCCAAGCCCAUCAAAGUGGCAGCCGAUUACGAGCUUUCGGUGCCGUACUUUGUGGGCAACAGCUGCGUGGAUAGUCUGAAUGUCAGCGUCGCUGCUGGCUUGCUGUGCCAUGCCUUUGUGAGGGCACCGCCUAUUGUGAAGCAGACGGCGCCAAAGCUUGAGGAGGAGGCUUCAACCGAGACCAAAUCUGCGACUGAAAAGGAAGACGGUCAAGACGGGAAGGAGACAUUAUUCUGA